AUGAUCAUCGUGCCUAUUCUGGCUCUCUUCGCCGUGCUAAGUACCCUCACAGUCUUCUUGCACUAUACACUCCCAACCCCCGUCUCCUCCCUUCGAGCCCUAGAGAGCACCAACAAGCCUAUGUUCUCAGAAGAGCAUGCUGUCAGCGUCAUGGACAAGCUCAGCACCGGAUUCGGCUACAGAAUUGUCGGGACCAAGCAGCAUGUCGAUGCCGAGGACUGGCUUAUGACCGAGCUGCAGAAGUACGAAGGCGUGCAUACCUUUAACGACGGACAAGGAGAUGUGCAGGUUGAAGUAUGGAGACAGAUUGGCGAUGGCGCUCAUCGCUUUGACUUCCUGUCUUCAGUCGUCUGGAAGAAAUACUACUCGAUGAGCAACUUAAUCGUCCGCAUCUCUGAUGGCACGGACGCCUCAAAGGCCAACUCGGUCCUGGUCAACUCUCACAUCGACUCCACGCUCCCAUCUCCCGGAGCAGCCGACGACGGAGCUGGAGUCGGUAUCAUGGUCGAGCUUCUUCGAAUUCUCACGUCACCUAGUGCCACUCGAAAGCAGCUCAGGCACUCUGUCGUCCUCCUCUUCAACAACGGCGAGGAGAGCUUUCAAGAUGCGUCGCAUCUCUUCAUCACCUCUAACCACACCACAGUCCCUUCGAUCAAGGCUGUAGUCAACCUCGAGGCAUGCGGGGUCUCUGGUCCGGAGCUACUGUUCCAAGCAGGCUCUGAUGAAAUGGUCAAAGCAUACUCGAAAGCCCCCUACCCCUUUGGCACCAUCUUGGCCAACGACAUCUUUCGAACAAACAUACUGCUCUCUGAUACGGACUAUAGACAAUUUGUUGCAUACGGCGGCGUAAGCGGUCUAGACAUGGCGAUCGUAGGCAAUUCAUACCUCUAUCAUACUCGCAAAGACACCGUGCCCUAUGUCCAACCAGGGGUAGUUCAACACUUUGGCGAAAACGUUGUUGCUAUUGUCGACUACCUGACGACGUCUCCAGAAUCGCGGCUUCCUUCGAUCACAGAGACUCAUCGUACACAGAUGCCCAUCUACUUCUCCAUGCUCGGCCGCUUCUUCAUUCAGAUUCCUGCCGCACCUUACCGCUCUUUGGGCAUGGUGAUGACCGCUGUCGCGAUGUUCCAGAUUCAAUCGACGAAACGGGCUGACGGUCACUUCUCUGCAGGCUUCGCAACAGCGAUGAGUAUGCUAGGCUUCUUCGCUAGCUUCCUCGGAGCUGUGCUAGCCUCGAAUGUUCAGGCGCUGAUCAUGACCAAGGUCAUGAACAGGUCUCUUAGCUGGUUCAGUCACGAAUGGCUGCCCAUUCCACUGUAUGGGCCUCCAGCAAUCGUUGGCAUCCUGCUCGCCCAACUCCUUGUCUCUCGCACACUCAAGACGGCCGACCGACCAUACCUCGAGAGGGCGACGCUAGACGGAUGCUACUUGAUGUCGGCUUUGCUUCUCACCGUCCUGAACGCUUUCGGUAUCGGAUCAUCCUACCUGUUCGGAUUGGGAGGCAUCACGUAUCUUGCGGCUAUGCUGGUCAAUGACUAUGCCUUGGUCGGUUGGACGCAGAUCGAGAAGCGCGAAAUCGCAGUAAACCAGCGGAUGCACUGGGGUACUUAUCUAAUCCUUACCUUCCUGCCUUCUCUUGUGGGAACGGAAGGCGCCACAAGCUUCCUAGAUCUCUUCGUACCUCUGACUGGUCGUACGGGAGAGGUUUCGCCAGCUGAUCACAUCAUAGCGUCGAUUGUGUCAAGUCUAACUUUCCUCUGCCUGCCAGUCUUGCUCCCCCUCAUCCAUCGCUUUGGACCAGACGUGCAGAGACGCACUGUUCUGUUCUUCCUGGGCAUCUCCCUUACGGCCAUCUUGCUCUACUCGGACGAGUCACUUCAAAUCUUCGAUGAGACCCACCCACAGAGACUUUUCGUUCACCAAGUCCACAACCUCAGCAGUGGAGAGUGGUGGAUGAACCUCGGUGGAGCAGACCCUUCGCCUACGGCUAUCCUCUCUGGGCUUGCUGACGAAGCUCACCAGCGCUUUGGCAUACGCGACGGGGGUGUGGAGCGAGUAGAGAUGUCUUCCUAUAACCCAGACUUCGAUGUCCUCUACCCCGUCAGCCAGUUCAUCACGCCGUACAAGUUCCGUCUUCCUACCCCUGAAGCGGAGGAGCAAAACCGAGAGCUAAGCAGGUGGCUCGCUCAGGACGGAAGCGAUCCUACUGCCUCUCCUCGCUCGAGGGGCUUCUCCAUCCGAGCCGUGGACGACACGAUCGACUACACCGCUGGCACCCGCUCUUUCACGCUCACCAUUUCCCACCCACACAUCAUCUGGUCCGUUCUGGCCUUCGACGCCGAAAUCCUCGAGUGGGACCUUCCCGUUUCGCCUCCCACUGGGGGUUUCCAGCGACAUCACAUCAAGGAAGUCUCGCGCUUUGGGCAGGACGAGUGGAGCGUGAGGAUGCUACUGCGACUACAGCCUGAUGAACUCUCCGCUGCAGCUGCUGCUGCAGACCGCAAAGAGGGCAUCGUCUCCCGCCCGGACUUUGGGCAACUCCUGCAGAUCGACCCUUCCAAUGUGUCGGACAAUGUCCUCUCGCGCUUCACCUCUCUCAAAGAGUCAGACUCUGGCUCACCACACCGACUCCUCGUCGACUAUUCAGGCCUAUGGGGAGAGGCGAUGUACCCUUCUGUCGAGCAAGCCUCGACGGAUCAGGAGGUAUUGCAGAGUGUGGGUGUGAGGAGAUUCAGAGAGAUGGACAAGUGGUUGUUGGAAGAGAGGCCAGAGGUGGACGCCAUGCUGCUCAAUGUCGUAGCGGGAGUAGGAGUCGUUUGA